CUGACUAUGAAGAAAAGCGGUAUUCCUUUCCUCUUGGGCCUCAUCUUCCUGGUUCUGUUUGGAGUUCAAGGAGCCCCAAUAAUGAGGAAUGACCGUUGUUCCUGCAUCAGUACUAGGCAGGGGAAAAUCCACCCUAAAGCCUUAAAAGACAUUAAACAAUUUGCCCCAAGCCCUUCCUGUGAGAAAACUGAAAUCAUUGCUACAAUGAAGAACGGGAAUGAAGAAUGUCUAAACCCAGAUUCAGGUUAUGUGAAAAAACUGGUGAAGAUGUGGAAAGAAAAGGUCAUCCAAAAGAAAAAGCAAAAGAAAGGGGGAAAACAAAAAAUGAAGACAUUUUUAAAAGCUAAAAGACCCCAACGUCCUCAUCAAAAGAAGACUACAUAA